AUGUCGGCCAUAUCAGGACUCGUUAAGCAAGGUGGCGAUAACUUGGUUCGCAAUGUAUGGGGCAUGUGGGACGGGAUGCGUCUCCGCGACUACAUAAGAAUCGUAGUAAUUGUGGGAGUAUACCUACUCCUGCGUCCGUAUUUGCUCAAAUUUGCUGCCAAAAUUCAGGCCAAACAGCACGCCAAAAUUCCCGAUACAGACUCUUCUACCUCUUCUGUCAAAAUCUCUCCUAACCAGCUCCGGAGCACCGGCAUGGUAGUCUCUGAACACGAUGAUUUAGGAGAUGCUGAAAAGGACCAAAUCGCUAGUGGCGCUGAUCGGGAAACCAAGGCUAGGAAACGACAGAAAAAGGCCAUUAAGAAAGUUACAGAGGAAGAGAAAAAAGGGCUCGAGGCUCAAGGGGAGAACGAUGACAAAGAAAUUAUGGAUCUACUAAUCGAUUAUGAGGAGGGGAAGGACGGUUGGUGA